AUGACCUUUGCACGAAAUACACCCCCAGCAGCGCUCCGACCAGAGCCACGGAAAGCUCUGAUCCUGAUUGACUGCCAAAACGACUUCAUCGAUCAGGUACAAGGCAAACUCCCAGUGCCCGGGGCGUCUACCUUUGUCGAGCGACUGUCCGAUCUUGCUACCAGUUUCCGGUCAAAAGGGCUCGUUGUCUUUGCACAAACAGAGUUCCGAGGCGCUCGUACUUCUUUCUCUCCAGAAUGGGGCACAUACAACAUACUGCAGCAACAACAUCUGCCGCAAGACCCAAGCUCCCCGGAGCAUGGAGGAACGCAUCGUCGCGGCAGAUCAUCGAUCCCCAUAGACCCGGAGGCAUUCCUCCAAGCAAGUGUCCCCGAGAGUCAACGAGCAUGUCGACCUGGCACCUCUGGAGUAGCACUCUCUCAACCAUUGGCUGACGUCUACGACCCAAAAUGCGACCUCUGCAUCACAAAGUCACAGUAUUCUGCCUUCAAGGACACCCCAUUGCUUCUCCAGCUCCGCAUGCGAAUGGUGCAGCACCUAUACGUUGCCGGCAGUCUGUCUAACAUCGGCGUCUACGCAACGGUCACGGAUGCCGUACGGCACGGACUUCAAGUCACCCUCAUUGAAGACUGUCUGGGCUAUAGGAAUGAGCGAUGCCAUGUUGAAGCAGUUAAGCAAAUGGUUGAUAUGAUGGGUGCUUCUGGUGUUGAUCAGCAAGAAUUGAUGGAUGACCUAGCAGGUCUACUGGGUGAUGUGAUCCGAGAAGAAGACUUGGGUCCUAAGUUCCAGAUCAAUGUUGCUCCGCCAAAGCCAUCGGGUCUCGCGCAACCUAUCUCGAGGACCCCAUUGACACCGGAGCGGAAGCAACAGCAAGUUGAAGAGUGGCUCACUGAUCGCGAUGCAUGUCAAAGCAAGAGCGCGGAGAUUGUCCCGGAAAGCCAUGGAAUAUCGGAGACACUCGAAGUCGAUCCGACUGUCGACUAUGAGUCAUACGCCUGUGAACACUCGAACAUGACCCAGGACUAUGGGACGCUGGCAGGAUCUUCAUCGCCACAAAUACGAUCUUCGGCACGGUCUAACACUACUGCUAACGGCGGUGAGUCUUCUCGGAUCCCGGCACGUCGGUCAUCAAGUACGCAUACCUCGUCGGAAAGCGCCCGCUACAAAGUCAGUCGACCUCGAAUACGGGGAACGCGGCCACUGUCUGGCAUAUCAGUGGCGUCAUCCUCCACAGAAACACCAAAGACGCCAAACGCUAUACGAGAACAGAUUAUGGCUGCCAUUGCCGCAUCCGAAGGGCUUGGCGUAAAGACAAUCGACGCAUCUUCCACAUCCAAAGGCGUUGAACCCGACGGUAUGGACAGCACUUCUAGACCCAGGCGCAGGAUCCAUGUUGACCUUGAUACCUUAGUCAAAGCGAUUCAGCGCCCGCCGCCUUCACGAAAGCGGAAAGUGAAGAACAGUGCAGUGCUCAUAGGACCUGCAGAGCGAGCUGGCGAAGGCGAUUGUUACAUCAUCGGCAACAUCGUGGGCUAUGCUGAAGCCGACAGUGCUUUCCACAAACUCAAGCGCACGGUGAGAUGGCAGAAGAUGUUCCAUCGAACCGGAGAAGUGCCGCGCCUUGUUGCUGUUCAGGGUGCAGUGGACGAGACCACAGGCACCGAACCAGUCUACAGGCACCCAGCAGAUGAAUCCCCCGAAAUGGCGUCGUUCGACGACACUGUCAACACCUUACGACGUGUCGCAGAGAAACAUGUCGGUCACAGUCUCAACCAUGUACUAAUUCAGUAUUACCGAAAUGGCGAGGACAACAUAUCUGAACACAGCGACAAGACCUUGGAUAUCACUCGAGGUUCGAGUAUUGUGAACUUCAGCUUUGGCGCACAGCGAGUCAUGACUCUACGGACGAAGAAACCCGAAACACCCGGCCCACCGUCGCCGACAUUGUCAACGAGUAAGGGCAAAGAGCCGCUGACCGACACGCACGUACACUCGUCUGGAAACUUGAAAACGCUGGACGAGCCCUUGUCUCCCGAGAGAACGACACAGCGCAUUCCAUUGAUGCACGACUCUAUCUUCAUCCUUGGGCCCCGCACAAACCAAUACUGGCUGCAUAGCGUGCGGCCCGACAAACGACCAGACCACGAAAAGGUCGAGGAGGAACUAGCAUAUGCUGGCGAGCGUAUCAGUCUGACGUUCAGAAGCAUCGCCACGUACGUCAACCGGGAACGCGGCACGAUCUGGGGCCAAGGCGCUCGAUGUAAAGAACCACCAACACAAGGGCACAGCAACGGAUAUGAAGAUGAGGAGAACGUUUCUAAGCAGAAGGGAAAACGAGUAGCCGACGACUCUACUCAGAGCGGCACACUGCUGGAAGGCACCGAAGCGGAGAUCCAAGGCGAGAAGAUGAUUAAAGCAUUUGGACAGGAGAAUCACCGGAGCUCGACUUGGGACUGGGAUCAGUGGUACGGGGAAGGAUUUGAUGUUGUGAACUUUGAGACAACACCUGUCGCUACCUGA